CUUGGUUCGUUGCAUGGCCCACUCAUCGAUUCUCUUGCCAUGCGCGGGUGGAGAGUUCUCGCUGCGUACCAGUCGUACGUCGCGUCGCGGAAUAGCACGAUCGUUAGCCACAACACAACGCGCACCAUGACGACGACGCUGGACCAUGCCGCGGUGGCCAUGCGGCGGUCGGUCCCGACGCGACCGUCGAUGGUGCACUCGUCGCUUCGCAUCGUGUCCAACUUGGUCGCGACCGGCCUCGUCGUGCUGUCGCUCGUCACGAUCGUUGUGCUCGUGUCGGCGGGCAUGUUUGCUCGGCGCGCCAACAUCAACGACAUCACGUUCGACUCGACGCACUUUCACGCGUUUGGUCAAACGUGCCGACUCGACGCGGCCGGGUUCGUCCCGGCGACGUGUUCGGACGAUGAAAUCGCGACCAUGCUGAGCCCGGCGUGGCGCGCGCUUGGCCAGAGCCUCGCGACGCAUUGGCAAGUCGACUCGCCGUUGUUUGUGACGUCGUGUGUCCGGGGCCCGCCGGACAACGUCGGAUGGGCGUCGCUGACGUUCGUCGCCGGCUACGACGCGUUCCCGCACUGCGUCCCGUCAACGAACGGGCCACAGGACAUUGCUGGCCUCGCCAUGGCAGAGACCACCGUCCGGGACGAGUACCCCAUGGGCGCGUACGUCGUGACGGUAUGGUCAGACAAGUUGAUGCAGACAAGCGAGCGCCACGUCAACACGGACGGGACUGUGGACUUGGUCAUGUCGAACAUCAAGCGGUCGCUCAUUUCGAUCGACGGCGCGUUGUCCGACGACGUGGACGGCAUCAACACCGUGAUCACGUCGUCGCCGGUCGGCGGUCGGUACAAAAUCACAGCGUUUGCGUACUCGGCGGUGCUGGACUUCACCGACCAAGUUGCACGCGCGGACUCACGUGGUGGAACCAAGGCCGCGAGUCCAAGAAGGUCGUGUCCCUGACUUGGGACACCGGCCACGUCGUCGCGAACGCGACCGAACUCAUCAGCAUCCAAGUGCUCCUGAGCUUGCUCGCGAUGGGUUUGAUCAGCAGCGACUUUUACCUGACCGUGCAAGGACUCAGGGGUUUUCUCCAGCAAAAGCCGGUCAUGACGUACGAUCUCUUGGCUGGCCUCGAGCGCCGGAAGCUCCUCUUAAUUGUCGUGACGCUGGCGGCGCUGCCGUCGCUCCUGUACGCGGACGUGGCCCGGAUUUACCGCGGCACGGCCAACGGCGACCUCAUCUGGUCGCUGUCGAUCGUGUUGGUCGGGAUGUUUUUCACAUUUGCGACGCUCGUGGUGCUCGUCGCCGUCCAGCACGUGCCGAGUCCGUGGCCGUGCUGCUUGGUGUCGUUCUCGCCAGGCGUGUUCUCGUACAGCACGAUCGUGUCGCUGAUCGUGGUGUGGCACAGCAGGUACGAGUCGGUGGCGAUUGGUUUCAACGACGCGCCGAUGCAGCUCGGGAUGAACUUUUCAGGCGUUGUCCGGCCGACGGGGGCAUAUUCCGCGGACGGCGCCGAGACCGUCGUCGCGCACAACUUGGCCGGCACGGCGACGGCUGUCGCCGUGUGCCUUGCUGUGUCCGUCGCGUACUCGACGCUCGUCCGCGUGUCCAUGACCGGGCGGGUCUUCCUCCACACGUCUUGGACAUCCACGAACGGGUUUCUCAACCAAUGCCGCCUCCCCCGCUGGAUCACUGGCCUCCCGCUAGACCAAACCAACGCCAUCAAGAUCGGAAACAAGCUCUUUUGCAAGCCCAGCACACAAGCCGUCCUCGGUUUUGCCGUUGUUGUGGACGUGGCGGCCGAUCGGUAUCACGUCCAAAGCGACCAAUCUGCCAAAACCGCGUCGUUUUCCAAGCACACGCUCACUCUGAUCCCGGUCUACUGGCUCGUCCCGACCCUCGCCAGGGUGUUUGCCGUCGUGCCCCCAUGGAUGACUCCGCGGAUCUUUGGCACCAUCGACAAGAACAUGUUUGCACACUCCAGUCGCGACAAGCAUCUCGACCAUCGCACGUAUGUCCAUUGCCGCGGUGCGUGCGUGAAUUGAGCAGCCGCCAUGGACGGUGCAGCGAACGACCACCGCUCGACGUCGUCGAGAUGCUCUAGAUUAUUUGUUGCGAACGCCACGUGCAUGUUUCUAAACAGCAUCCGCUGUAUCGCCUCGACGAUGCCAUGGAUGGAAGGGCAGUCGACGGGUGGCUGCUAAUGUGUCUGGGGUGCUGCUGCCACCACCGCAAACUCGCGAUCACCACGCGUCUGCCUGGCGACAUUCUUCAAAGCUUGUCCACAAGUGAAGGCGGCUAGAUGCCCGCCAUGGCGCUCCAUGUUCCCUCGUGGAUUACCUUGUCGCUGGUCCAAGUAGCUCCUAGAUGCAGGCAUCGAUGUGAAGUCGGGGGAAGUGCGGUACGUUUGGCACGUCGAGAUGGAUCUGUGCAAGGGCACUG